ACAAAAAUACACAUUUUUCAAGUCAACUUUAACUUUAACUCAACACACUAUACAACAUUUGUCCUUUUUCACAAUCAAAAUCAAAAUUACUUUAACUCUGAAACCAAACGCCUCAUAAGAUUUGAGAGAAAAAUCUCAUGCAUGAUCCACCCAACCCUCCCAAGCUAAAAAAGAGGAAAGAUAGGCCAAAGAAACAGAGGAGGAAGACAAUGUUGGAGACUAGGCUGACAAUGAUGGAGUUCAACACAUGUCCAGGAAAGGAGCUGUUAAUCAUUACAAGCUUUGUAGGCAACCUGGCCAUAACUGGAAAACAUGCCCUCUUGGUGGCAAGGGCACUACUCAACCAGAUACUGUUUGUCAAUCAUCUGCCCCAAUAAUAACCAAUAUAUUAGGAUCUGUUUCAGCAGAAAGGAGUACCAUGCUUGGCAAUGAAGGGGGAUUGCUUGUUGGGAGGGAAGGUGAUUGCUCAAGGAAAAAUAUCACACUCAAGGAACUUGAAGUUCAACCAAAAAGGAAAAUGGCUAAGAGAAGGACAGGUGCAAGCAAAAUCAGAGGAAAGCAGGCAGCUCAACUGGGGCUUGAGUUCCAUGUUUGUUUGGUUCAGUAACAUGGCAGCGUUUUGUGGAAACUCAGUAGCAAUUUGGAUGACUUUGAUCUUGUAUCAAGUGGAUGUGACAACUUGAGCGUUUUGUUAUCAUUUUGGAACUAUUUUGGUAGCAUUUUCGUUUCAGAAUGGGUGUCUGGUGGCAUGUGUCUGAUGUUACAAUUUGAUACAGAAAUAUACAUCUAAGAACAUGAUUGAAAAUGAAUU